AUGGGCAAGGAUCAGGAAUUGUUGGAGGCAUGUCGGACUGGAAACUUGGCCGCCGUAGAGAAACACCUGCAAGGGCGACUGAGUGCUAGAAACAAAGGCUCUCGAGCGUCCACCGUUGGGGCGUUAUCUACGCUCUCUAAAAGCUUUUGGAAUUUGAAGAGUGCAAACAUCAACUGCGUGGAUGCUAGCGGAGACACACCUCUGCACUUGGCUGCUCUCAAUGGUCACAAAGAAAUCGUCUCCAUUCUCCUGGAUUGUGAAGCAUCACCAACCAUCUUGGACAGCCAGGACUGCUCGCCCCUGCACCUGGCUGCUUGGAAUGGGCACACAGAUAUUUGUAAACAGUUGAUUACAGCAUCUGAUGACCAGGCAUUUGUCAACCUGCAGACUCGAGAUGGGAACACGGCUCUCCACUUCUCUGCUCAACACGGACAUGACAGCACACUCUGUCUGUUGUUACAGAAGAAGGCAGAUCCUACCAUCAGAAACCUGGAGGAUCUGUCUCCGCUGGAUCUGGCAGCUCAGUAUGACAGGCUGGACAUUGUCAAACAGCUGGUGACAUCUCACCCCGAGCUUCUGACACAGCGAUCAGCCGUGAACACACCACUGCAUCUUGCUUCACGGAAUGGGCAUCGUGCUGUGGUGCAGUACCUGCUGGAUGCUGGGUUCCCACUCGAUGCAAGAACAGAUAAAGGAACAGCCUUGCAUGAAGCUGCCAACUUCUGUAAACUGGAUGUCAUCAGAUUACUCCUAGACAGAGGCAUCGACAUUACAGUCAAAUCUCAGACAGGCUGUACAGCAGAGGAUAUCCUCAGGUCUAUUCCUUCCAAGGCUGCUGAAGAUGCCCUGAACAUUCUCAAAACUUAUAUCUACCAUCAACGAACACCAGACUCAGACGGGGAACGUGGAAUCGUGGCCAAUAGUAGCCUGGAUUUGCCAAGCAAAGACUACUCCCAAGGUACUCCUCCACUUGCAAAAGCCCUACCCUGUGUUGUUGCCCCUUCACCUGCUGAACGAAGUACCUACCUCCAUAAAAGUCUUCCACCAGGAUAUGAUGCCAUGUCAGCACCACCCCCCAUCCCACCCCGACAGUCUGUGAGAGCAGCGGAUCCCAUCGACAGCUUCAACGAACAAGGUUAG